AGAGAGGGGGGAAGAGAGUGAUAGAGAGGGAAAGAGAGAGGGGGAGAGAGAUAGAGAGUGUGCAGAAAGGAGAAAGUAAAGAAAAGACAACGAGACGCAGAGACAGCCACUGUGCAAGAGAGAGAGGCUACCAGAUCAGAGACUACACCGUGCAUGAGACACACCUUGUACAGAGAGAAGAGACAGCUGGGUGUUAAGAAAAAUUAGAGCGAACCGCCAGCAAGAGACAUCUGAACUAAGACUGUAGGAGACUGACAGACGAGACAGACAGAACUCACAGCAGAGGAAGGAAAUACAGAACUGACAGCAGGAGACAGACAGAACUGACAGCAGGAGACAGACAGAACUGACAGCAGGAGACAGACAGAACUGACAGCAGGAGACAGACAGAACUGACAGCAGGAGACAGACAGAACUGACAGCAGGAGACAGACAGAACUGACAGCAGGAGACAGACAGAACUGACAGCAGGAGACAGACAGAACUGACAGCAGGAGACAGACAAGCAGAACUGACAGCAGGAGACAGACAGAACUGACAGCAGGAGACAGACAAGCAGAGAGAAACAACAAUUUAGAAGAAGGGAGAAGGUAGAAUCCCCGACACUGACAACAAGAUACAAUGUAGAUUUGACUUUUGGCAAAAAGUCCACUAAAGAAAAGACUAAGGCGGAUCUCGCAGAGGACGGACUGACCGAGCUCCUGUUGGAUUUCCGUCAGAGCCAACAAAGAGAAGAAGACCAGAAGACUCAUCAUGUCUUCGGAGAUUUCAUCGGCUGCUGACAGCGCAGACCCCCAAAUCCCUCCACACCCCAUGUACACCAAGGAGCCCCGAGCAUCUUUUACCCCUCAAAGUGUCGACCCCGAAACAAAGAAAAGCGCCCCCACCGAGGAGUACUUCAUAUUCAGGCCUUCGGUUGUCCAGCAGGCAGUGCAGAACCUUCGAGGGUCCCUCUCCGAAGAUGAGGACGGGCAAAUCCAAAGCUCCUGGAUCCUGGCACAGAUCAGCCAUUGGGGCACGGAGCGCGAAGUCCUCGCCUUCCUGUGCGAACGUUCCCUCCUCAUCUGUUACUACAACUUCCUAGAGAUGGGCAGCUGCCGUUUAUUCCGCAUCCCUCUGAACUUCAUUGACACCGUGAUAUGGGGACCUCUGACCUACCCCAAGAUGGCGCUAAACAAGAGGGAGGGGAAUGCUCUCCAGGUGAAAUGGGACAAGCUCCGAGCUCCUCCAUCUUUCCUCUCGUGGUGGAAUCCAUGGACAGAAGACCUUUCCUACGUCAACCUCGUCCAACACCCGGGAGUGACCGCCCAGGAGGACCUGAGAGACAUGUGCCAGCUGGAGCAAUUUAAGGAGAAGCUAUUGGAAAUGGUGAACGUGGCCCACCAGAGCAGCCCCCUCCCUGGGAGAGCCAAUGGCGCUCUCCUCCUCACCAGGCCGGUGCCGAUCGAUACGUCCAUCGGACUCGUGUCCUUCGUCAACAGCAAAGUCCAGUUGGGUUACGCCAAGCCAAGGUGGGGAUUCGGAUUUUGAAUGGUCACCAUGGAAAUACUCCAAGUGAGGGAUCCAGGAAGACAUCGAAGGGGAGGACAAACGUCAUCAGAUCGACAUCACUCAAUCAUCUACAUCACUCAAUCACCUACAUCACUCAAUCAUCGACAUCACUCAAUCAUCGACAUCACUCAAUCA